AACAUGUUAAGACUCCCGGCCAUUUGGUUACAAAAAUGAAAGCAACAACUAAACUACUAAUGUUCACAUAAGUCAUUAAUCAUGCAAGAUAAGUUUAGCAUCUUUCUUAAAUGUCAUUAUCUCUAGUCAACUCCAAGUCUUUCCUGUGGGUGUUUCUAUGAAGUAUCAUCUUGCAAUAGAAAAGUCUCAUCUUUUAGUACUAUAUAUCACAAGGUGAUUAUAGGAAUAUUUAGGAUAAAACUGCAUAAAGUAACACAAUAUAUAUCCAUAGAUUUGUCAAAAAUGAAGUUGGGAUUGAUAAUUAGUUCCUUUUUUUAUUUUGUGAUGAUAAUAAUGUUAAUGCAAAAUGAAGAUGGAUCAUGUAACGGAUGUUUAGAGAGUGAGAGAAUAGGCCUUCUAGAUAUCAAACACUACUUCUUGUCACAUAAAGUAUCAGAUUCUGAGUUUGCUUCAUGGGUUGAUGAUAGAGUUAGCAAUUGUUGUACUUGGGAUGGAGUCACGUGCUCUAACACCUCUUCUGGACACAUAACUCAACUAUCCCUCGAUUGGUUACUAACCUAUUCAUCAGAUCAUAUGAUAAUGAUGAAUGUUUCUCUGUUUCGUCCAUUUGAAGAAUUACGCCUCCUCGAUUUGUCUUGGAACAAAAUUAAAGGCUGGAUGGGCAAGGAAGAUUUUGCUAAAUUACAAAAGUUGGAGACCUUAGACCUUUCAUACAACAGUCUAAAUAAUACAAGCAUAUUGUCAAGUUUGAAUGGAUUAACUGCUCUAAAAACUUUGAACCUCGGUGGUAAUUCACUCGAUAGCUUCUCCGCUCAAGGAUUUUCAAGAUCAAAGGAAUUGGAGAUCUUAGACCUUUCAUACAAUCAGCUAAACUGCAGCAUCAUAACAAGUUUGCAUGGAUUCACGGCAUUAAGGAGUUUGACACUGUAUUAUAACAACUUGGAUUGUUCUUUCUCUGCAUUAGAUUUCACCAAAUUUAGUCAGCUGGAAUUAUUGGACUUAGCCUAUAAUUACCUUACUGGUUCUCUACAUGUAGAAGAUGUUCAGAAUUUGAGAAACUUCAAAGUUUUAAGUUUAAGAAAUAAUCACAUGAAUGACUCAGUUGAAGGACUAUGCCAAUUGAAGGAUUUGCAAGAGCUAGAUAUCAGCAAUAACAUGUUCAGUGCCCAACUUCCAGAGUGUUUAAGCAACUUAACAAACCUCAGAGCUCUUGAUGUUGGUAGUAAUUUGUUCAGUGGUCGUUUUCCAUCUUUCACUACCAAUCACACAUCCUUGGCUUACUUAGCUCUUGAUGGAAAUUACAUGAAUGGAUCAUUUUCAUUGAACACUUUGGCUAAUCACACCAAUCUUGAGGCUCUACAUAUUUCAUCAUUCAACAUUGGAGCACACAUUGAAACUGAAAAUACAAAGUGGUUUCCUAAAUUUCAAUUGAAGUCACUCAUUCUUAUAAAUUGCAACCUAAACAUGGACAAAGGAAGUGUCAUUCCUACUUUUCUUUCAUAUCAAUAUAAUUUGAUACAGAUGGACCUCUCUAGAAACAAACUAGUUGGCUCAUUCCCAAGUUGGUUGAUACGUAAUCAUCACAUAGAAUGUUUGAAUAUAUCAAACAACAAUUUAAGUGGUUUUCUUCCAAGAGAUAUUGGUAUAUUCCUUCCUAAUGUUACCACUUUGGACAUUUCAUGGAAUAGCUUUGAAGGAAAUAUACCAUCAUCAAUUGGUAAAAUGAAAGAACUUUGGUACUUGGACUUCUCUCAUAAUAAUUUCUCUGGUGAGUUACCUAAACAACUGGCCAAAGAUUGGAAUGGCUUAUAUUACAUGGUGCUCUCCAACAACUUUCUAAGUGGGAAUAUCCCUAAAUUUCGUAAUUCAGUGAAUAUGAGAGUGUUGUUUCUUGAUAAUAACAACUUUAGCGGUACACUUGAUGAUGUAUUGGGAAGCAUUAAUACAAGAUUAGGAGUGUUAUCCAUAUCCAAUAAUUCAAUCUCAGGCACAAUUCCAAGUUCGAUUGGGAUGUUUUCUGAUAUGUAUACCCUUCUUUUGGCUGAAAAUCUAUUAGAAGGUGAGAUCCCUAUUGAGAUUUCCAACAUGACAAGUCUUGAAAUUAUGGAUCUUUCUCAAAACAAGUUAAUUGGAUCAAUACCAUAUUUCAGUAAUAUAAAAUCUCUAAGAUUCUUGUAUUUAGGAAAGAAUAAACUCUCUGGAUCCAUACCAUUUGAUUUGAUUGGAAGCUCACAGCUGAAACUUCUAGACUUGACGGACAACAAAUUUUCAGGUAAAAUUCCAAACCGGAUGGGUAAUCUCUCAGAGUUACGUGUUCUUUUACUUGGAGGGAACAAACUGGAAGGAGGUAUUCCAACUCAAUUGUGUCUGUUAAAAAAUAUCAACAUAAUGGACUUAUCACGGAACAUGCUCAAUUCUUCUAUACCAUCUUGCUUCCAAAAUAUGCCAUUUGGACAAUAUGAUCAUGGUUAUGGAGCGUACUUUAGACCAUAUCACUUCAAUUCAAGUCUGGAGCUGUCUUUUGUUCCUGAUCUAUUAGAUGACAAGAUGCUACACUUGGAAGCGGAGUUCAGAACAAAACACAUGGAUUACUAUUACAAAGGUAAAGUUCUUGAGAACAUGACUGGAUUGGAUUUAUCUUGCAACAAUCUAACAGGUAUCAUCCCUUCUCAAAUUGGAAACUUGCAAAAACUCAUAGCCUUGAACCUAUCUCAUAAUUACUUGUCAGCCCCUAUUCCUAUCACUUUUUCCAAUCUUACUGAGAUAGAGAGUCUUGAUUUAUCCUACAAUAAAUUGAGUGGUAAUGUACCUUCUCAACUAACUCAAUUGCACUUUUUAGAAAUCUUUAAUGUGUCAUACAAUAACCUUUCUGGAACACCGCCUAGUGCCCGACAAUUUGGAAACUUUGAUGAGGGAAACUACAAAGGUAAUCCCGGUCUUUGUGGACCACUCCUUAACCGGAAGUGUGAAGGCAUUGCGUCUUCACCUUCAUCACAAUCCAAUAUUGACGGUGGAGAAAAGGAAACCAAAGUGGACAUGAUAUCAUUUUAUUGGAGUUUCGCAGGAUCUUAUAUAACAAUACUAUUGGCCUUCAUAACAGUGUUGUGCAUCAAUGCGCGUUGGCGCAUGGCCUGGUUUUAUUAUAUCAGUAAGGUUAUGCGUACAUGUUUUCCAAGUUUUCCUCUUUACUGAUGAAUUUCCUUAGUCCUCUUCUAUUGAAACUGAGUCUCAAAUAUUUGAAUAUUGUAAUUUAUCUUUACACUAAUUUCGUCAUUUUGAUUUGAGACAUUUGAUGUUAAGUUCCUUUUUCCUUGUUGUUUGUGUGAUGUACUAAACUACAGUUGUUUCAAGCUUUGUUAUAUGUUACAUGUGUUUCUUUUUCUGUUUUA